AUGACGGAGCGCAUGUUGGCAGAGUGCCGCUCACUGGGACCCACUGCCCAGUGCAUAAAAUUUCUCGGGCUGACGACUUCCUCGGAAAUAGUCGCCGAUACGUCGAUUCAUGGAAAAAAAGCAUGUUUUUUGGAAGGCGACGCGCUGCACAAGGCAAUGACAAAGGGAAUCGCCGACACAUACGUUGUGAAUUUUCACGACCUGCCAGUUUCGAGUGCAACGGGCUACCAGGCCACAUCCAUCAAAGGCACGACGGCGGCCCAAGUGACAGCCAAAGCAGUGCACUUAGCUUUUAUAUCAACGAACGCAUUGACAAGAAUGCCUCCUGAAACUCUGCGAGAUUGGAGAGCAAUUCGUCAGGUGGCAAGGUGCAGCAAGCCCGCUUGCGUGCCGCACGUGGCCAAGGAAGGGCGUUGUGCCUCGAAGUGA